AUGUAACUGGUGUUUAUCUUUGUAGCCUAUAUAUGGACUCAAACCUCUUGAAGCUGCUCGUCCCUGUUGCUGUGUGUCAUGCACUUGGCCACGUGACAAGCAAUGUCUCUUUUGCAGCUGUUGCUGUCUCAUUCACUCAUACAUUUAAAGCUCUUGAGCCCUUCUUCAAUGCUGCUGCCUCUCAGUUCGUACUUGGACAAUCAAUACCUAUAACUUUAUGGCUGUCUCUGGCUCCUGUUGUUCUUGGUGUGUCAAUGGCAUCAUUGACCGAGUUGUCAUUCAACUGGGUUGGCUUCAUUAGUGCUAUGAUUUCCAAUAUCUCCUUUACAUAUAGGAGUAUCUAUUUAAAGAAAGCCAUGGUUGUCUUCUAUGAAAAUCUUCUUAACUCUUUUACCUUGAGUUAA